GGCCUCGCCUUCCGGUUCCGGGUGGCUGGGCAGGUGCGGGUGACGCUGCGGGCGCGCGGGGGGACCGGCCGGGCAGGUGUCGCGCUCCUGGCACGCGCGCGCGCAGCAUGGCUGGCGUGCCCACAGUCGCGCUCCCGGAGCUGCGCGCGCUCCUGGCGGCGGGCCGGGUCCGGCUUAUCGACGUGCGUGCGCGGGAGGAGGUGGCGGCUGGCACCAUCCCCGGCGCGCUCAACAUCCCGGUGUCGGAGCUGGAGGCCGCCCUGCAGAUGGAACCCGCAGCCUUCCGCGCUGCCUACACCGCCGAGAAGCCGGAGCCGGGGGAGGAGAACCUGGUUUUCUUCUGCCAGAUUGGCAAGCGGGGUGCCCUGGCCACGCAGCUGGCCCAGCGCUUGGGCUACGGCGGGGCCCGGAACUACGCGGGGGCCUAUAGAGAGUGGGCGCAGGAGUCCAGCUAGAGGAGGGGGUAGCCGAUGACCCUCCCUGGCACGUGGGAAGGAAGUGAUGUGAACCCCUCAUCCCCCCCAAAACCACCCAACAAUAAAAUUUGUCAUCCCGAACAUGGA